AAGAAGGAGUGCUCCACCUGAGACGCCUGAGAGGCCCUCUGGGAGCGAAGGCGGUGGGGGUCCAAAGGGCUCGGGCCGCAAGGUGUGCCCCAUAUGCCAGAACCCUUCCCAGCAAGUUCUGGCCAAGCAUCCGUGGUGCAAAGAAUGCAAGUGUGACAUAGAGGGCUUGAAGGCUGACAGCGUCAAGAACGGUUGGAGCGCAAGGUAUGAAGAAGUUCGUGCUGCCGGCGGUGAGGUCUUCAGGAAGCUCGUGAGAGACUACCACAACCAAUGUCCGAGCGGAGGGCGCGGCAAGGCAAGCUUGUGGACUGGUUCGACUUCCAGGCUUACUUCAAGAAGAAGUUGCUCCCAACGGAGGAGAUAGAGAAACGCUGGGGCGCAGCAGUUGCAGCUGUGGUUGACUACGAAGGAGACAACCCAAGCAACCCUGAACGAGUUCGGUUGAAGACCAAGGACUUCUUCCAGGAGUUUGACGAGGCAGCGGUCACCAACCAAUGCCGCAAAGAGGGGGCAGUCUCCAAAGGCGACGCAGCUGUGGCAAACUUGGCAGCCACACUUGAAGCUCCAGAGGAAGCGCUUCAGUUGCCAGUGUCAGUGUCAGCCAAAGCCAAAGCCACAGCCAAGGAUGGCCAGGGUCCUGGCAAAGGAAGUGGUCCGGAGCACAGCGAAGUGGCCGGUGCGAACACUGCGGCGUUUGCAGUGGAGCGGCUCAAAGCGUUCGAGCAGUGGGCCCACCAGUUUGAGGUGGUGCUCCUGAUGCCGUUUCGCAAGAACUACGACACGUUGAACGCGCAGGUGGCAGAGCUGGACACUUCGGAGUCUGAGUUGCUGGAAGAGUACAAGAAAUUGGUUGGCGAAGGAGAGGCAGUGAAGAUUGGCAAGAGCAAGUACAAGGAGCACGAUGCCAAGAUGGCCAGUUGUGCCGGCCAGCUCAAACUCAAGCCCUGUGCGCAGCCCGAUUGUCUCUGCAGCUUUGGCUCACUGGCGCUUCGCAUCCUGAGUUUGAAGACCGCAGAGACGCAAGAUGACCUGCAGACGAUCAUCAAUGUGAUUGCCGGCGGAAGCACUGCGCUGAAGCAAUUGAACAGCGCAGUUUCAACUGCCAUGCAAGAGGUUUUGAAGGCUGUGAAAGACUGCCGGCAGAGAGAGAAGUUGCGCAAGAAGCAAGAGGAAGCGGACCAGAAACGCCUUGCCAGAGAAGAAACCAAGAAGAAGAAGGAGCAGGAGAACAAAGCGAAAAAGGGCCAGAAGAGACAGCGAAAGAGCAAGGCUGAUACCAUGCCCAAGCGUCUGGCUGCUUUGGAGGAUGACGGCGGCCCGGGUGUCAAGGAAGUUCUCUUGUUCUCUGACCAGGCGAGCUUCCUGAAGAAUCGGGACGAGAAUGCUGAUGAGCUGUGGGCCGCUCCGUGGGUCUUGCAUGAUGAGGCAAGCCUGAAAUCUGCUCUGACUUCUGACGCUGCCGUGCAUGGCCGCUUCAUGAUGUUCAGCUCGCAGUUCGAAUCAUCUGCCCCAGCACAGAAGCAUGGCCGUGCUUUCCUGAAGAUCCAGGAUGGCACUGGGACACAGGUGGCGCAGAUCUUGACAGAGAUGCAGGGCGACUCCAUGGCGAAGAUGUGCAAGGAUGGUCAGCAGGCCAGCGAGAGGGUCAGCAGCCUGUGUGCCAUGGCCUUGGUGGGAGUUCUUGGCGGGCAGCAGACAGUGAGUGUGGCUGAAACGCCGCGCUUUUUGCUGGUGCUGGAGGGCGGCCUGGAUAUGCUGAUCAUGCCGCUGCAGACCUACUUGAGUGUGUGCUCCAAUCUUGGUCCAGCCACUGACUGGACUGCUUGGUUGAACGGCGCCUACCUUCUGGAACAUCUCACAGAGUGUUUUGAGACACAGUCCAUGAGACGGAUUGUGCUGACCGAGUAUGACUUGCUGUAUGUGCCGCCCAUGUCAAUGGUCUGGGAGGUUGGUCUGGAAAGCAAGAGCGUGUUCCUUCGCUCGUGCUGGUGCAGCUGGCGCAACUUGGAAGGUGACGUGGAAACUAUGAAGCAAAUCCUCGCCAUGACCAAUUGGGGAGAGUCGGAAAAAGUGCAGCAGCAGAUGAAAGAGGUCCUGGACUACAUGAACACGCUUGCCGAAGAGGACUAG